AUGAUAUCAAAUAUCAUUCUGAAGCAAACGGUAGUUCUGCAGUGUAUUCGUUGCCCCGCCGGCCCCGGCCCCGCCGCCUACGACCCGAAGCCGCCGAACCCCAGCAGCAAGUACGUGAAGCUGAACGUGGGAGGGUCGCUGCACUACACCACCCUGCAGACCCUCACCAAGCAGGACACCAUGCUCAAGGCCAUGUUCAGCGGCCGCAUGGAGGUGCUCACCGACGCCGAAGGCUGGGUGCUGAUUGACCGGAGUGGACGUCAUUUUGGAACAAUCCUCAACUACCUGCGCGAUGGGGCAGUGCCGUUGCCCGAGGGGCCUCGGGAGCUGGGCGAGCUGCUGGGCGAGGCGCGCUACUACCUGGUGCAGGGCUUGGUUGAGGAUUGCCAGCUGGCUUUGCAGCAAAAGAACGAGAGCCUCUCCCCACUCUGCCUUAUCCCCAUGGUGACCUCUCCACGUGAGGAGCAGCAGCUUCUGGCCAGCACUUCGAAGCCGGUGGUGAAGCUGCUGCACAACAGAAGCAACAACAAGUAUUCCUACACCAGCACGUCGGAUGACAACCUUCUAAAGAACAUCGAGCUGUUCGACAAGCUGGCGCUGCGUUUCCACGGGCGGCUGCUCUUCCUCAAGGACGUGCUGGGCGAUGAGAUCUGCUGCUGGUCCUUCUACGGGCAGGGCCGCAAGAUUGCCGAGGUCUGCUGCACUUCCAUCGUCUACGCCACUGAGAAGAAGCAGACCAAGGUAGAGUUCCCCGAGGCCCGGAUCUUUGAGGAGACGCUGAACAUCCUGAUCUAUGAGACGCCACGGGGCCCCGAUCCCGCCCUCCUGGAGGCCACGGGGGGCGCGGCGGGGGGAGGCGGGCCCGGGCGGGGCGAGGACGAGGAGGGCCGUGAGCACCGAGUCCGCAGGAUUCACGUCCGCCGCCACAUCACCCAUGACGAGCGACCCCACGGCCAACAGGCCGUCUUCAAGGACUGAGACGCAGCCCCUCGUUUCCUCUGCCGGCCCGCGGUCCCUCCCCUUUUCUACGACGACGCCCGCCCCGGCCACCCCUCCGCCCCGGCGCUGCUGGUCAGGUCGUGGGCCUCCGCUCUCCCUCCCUGUUUUCCAACAGCUCGCGGGGGGGGCCGGGGGCGGUUCGUUCCACUCGAUCCCUUCUCCUAAAGUUUGUGUUCUGUUCCAACAUUCCCUCCCCACCUGUCUUACCCCUCUUCUCCUGUGCAUGGUACGAGUCCUUCCCAGUAGUUGGUUUCACAGCUCUUGACCUACACCUUCUCGAGGAGGUGGUGUGUGCCAAAAUCCACCGCCGCUCCCACCCCCCGCCCCUAUAUCCUAGCCACCUGGUACGUUCUCUAUCCCUCCCACCCCUCCCCGCCUUUUACGGGGCAGGGGGGCCAAGACCUGGUCUUCUGCCCCCAUCUCCCUAACCCACUAACCUAGUCGUGAGUGGAUAAGCAGCUUUUCCCCAGCCGGCAUGCCGGGGGGAGUGAUUCACUCCACUCGGAGAGGGUCAGAGCCCGUGUUCUUCCCCCACCUAUCUCCCUGUCUUCAUAUAAUUUAUUAUUUUAUAUUAAAUUAUUGGCAUAAAUUGA